AUGGCUAUAAUGCACAUGAUCAUGAAUAAUCUGGAUCCAGCCGUGGCUCAGUUUCCCCAAGAGCUGGUGACCUAUGGAGGGAAUGGGCAGGUCUUCAGCAACUGGGCACAGGUAUGUAAUACGACUGAUCCAUGCAGUGUUCUGCCUGAGUUGGAGACCCUGGUGAUGUACAGCGGACAUCCUCUUGGCCUCUUUCCUAGUCACCCUAGAGCUCCGCGGGUGGUCAUCACCAAUGGGAUGGUGAUUCCAAACUACUCCUCCAGGAAAGAUUACAACAGGAUGUUCGCAUUAGGUGUGACAAUGUAUGGACAAAUGACUGCAGGCAGCUAUUGUUACAUUGGCCCGCAGGGUAUUGUGCAUGGUACAGUGUUGACCGUAUUAAAUGCUGGACGUCGUUACCUUGGCUUGGAGGAUCUGGCUGGGAAGGUGUUUGUCACGUCUGGUCUCGGAGGGAUGAGUGGCGCUCAGGCGAAGGCAGCGGCCAUCGUGGGCUGUGUAGGAGUUAUUGCAGAGGUUGAUGAAAAUGCUUUGUUAAAGCGUCACAAGCAGGGUUGGCUGAUGGAGGUUACAAACUCGCUGGAUGAGUGUAUUGGGAGGAUUCGAAAAGCACGAAAGGACAAAGAAACUCUGAGCCUGGGAUAUCAUGGGAACAUUGUGGACCUCUGGGAGAGGCUUGUGGAAGAAUAUGAGAAGACGGGUGAGCUGUUGGUAGACCUUGGAUCUGACCAAACCUCCUGCCACAACCCAUUCAGCGGUGGAUAUUACCCAGUACAGCUCUCUUUCAAGGAUGCCAACCAGAUGCUUUGUGCUGACCCUCAGACCUUCAGUCAGCUUGUACAGGAGAGCCUAAGAAGGCAGAUAGCGGCCAUCAACAAGCUAUCGGAUAACGGCAUGUUCUUCUGGGAUUAUGGAAAUGCAUUUCUGUUGGAGGCUAAGAGAGCAGGUGCUGAUGUGGUGCAGAAAGGAGGAGACGGUAUAGAAUUCAGAUACCCAUCCUAUGUCCAGCAUAUAAUGGGAGACAUCUUUUCUCUGGGAUUUGGGCCGUUCCGAUGGGUGUGUACAUCCGCUGAGCCGUCCGACCUCGCCGCCACGGAUGACAUCGCAGCCACUGUAUUAGAGGACAUUAUUUCCCGGGGAGUCAGCGAUCCAGUCCGGAAGCAAUACGGAGACAAUAUUCGAUGGAUCCGGGAAGCUGGAAAACAUCAAUUGGUUGUCGGCUCUCAAGCACGAAUUUUGUAUUCCGAUCAGAAGGGGAGGAUUGCCAUUGCUGUCGCCAUAAAUCACGCUGUAGCAACUGGCCGGGUCCAGGCUCCAGUGGUUAUCAGUCGGGAUCACCAUGAUGUGAGUGGGACAGAUAGCCCAUACAGAGAAACGUCCAAUAUAUAUGAUGGCUCCGCCUUCUGUGCAGAUAUGGCUGUACAGAACUUUGUGGGAGAUGCCUUCCGUGGAGCUACGUGGGUAGCCCUACAUAAUGGAGGCGGAGUUGGCUGGGGUGAGGUCAUUAAUGGAGGCUUUGGCCUGGUGCUGGAUGGAUCCCCAGAGGCCGAGCACAAUGCCAAAAUGAUGCUGAGCUGGGAUGUGUCCAAUGGGGUGGCGAGGCGUUGCUGGUCGGGUAACAAAAAUGCCUACGACACCAUCGUUGAAACCAUGGAGUCGAAUCAUAGACUGAGAGUGACGCUGCCAUACACGGUGAAGGACCCGAGUGUUCUGGAGAAGGCUUUGGCUCAACUUUGA